ACCACUUAGGAUUUAUCUGAGAAAAGCUUACUUUUUCAGUAACGCUUCGUGUGAAGAUUCAGGUUUCCACGGAACUUGGCCAUUUGACUUGUUUCUGUUCGAGACUUCACGAGGGAGCUUGCUUUUUUGACGAGAUGCAGCUGUGGCGGCGCAGAGCAGCAGGUCCCGCGAGCCUGGGGAGGCAGUCUUUGCCGCUCGGGUGUUUUUUCGCGGCUUUUGGUUUGUGUGUGUUGUCUGCGAUCUUGGGAACCGGAGAGCGCGGACUGUUCGUCGCCGCAGGGAACUCGAGAAGAAAGAUAACCUAUUUUGGCACGCUCACUCAGAAGGCUCCGAACUGGUACCGCUGCUCCUCAACGAGGGCGAAAGAAGAGGUCGUCGUACCCACGAGUAUGUCACAUUGAUGCCAAGGACCAGGACGACUGCGAGCGCAACAGGGGCUUUCUGACCGACUACAUACCGGGCGCGAAGCAGUACUGGUACAAGAUAGAAAAGGUGGAGCAGAACGGCGAGCAAUCCGUUCUGUACAAAUUCACUGUUCCUUGGAUCCUCCUUCCGCCCGCCAAGCAGCGAUACAAGGUUGGAUGCCGAUACCCGAACCACGAGUACUGCUUUGUUGAGGUCACCGUCGAACCCACGCCGCCAAUGGUCGAAGGCAAGAGAGUGACCUGCGGGUACUCCGAGUCCGGCC